AUGCCUCAUGACAAGCGUGCACGUUUCCUCGGGCGACGGGCCCGCGCCGUACUCGAGAAUGGCGAAGAGAAUACCGAGUGGGAGCUCAACAGUGUAAGAUCGCACUCGACGCGGAGUUCCGCUGGUUCGACGGAUUCCGCUGGUUCGUGUUCGGACUCGAGUUCCGACGAGGAGACUGUGAAUGACGACGAAACGGAAGUGGGCGACACGGACGAAGAGGCAACACGCUCAAGGACUGGGGAUGUCAGUUUGGGUGACGCGAUGGAGAUCGACACUGUCGGAUGGAACGAAGAUGCUGAGACUCCUGCUACCCAAGUUGGCGGGCGGGUGAGGACGUCGAUCGCAAGUCCUUCCACUUUCGCAUCGGCCACGGCCGUUGUGGCGUUACAAGAUGGGCGUUUAGAUCCAACACAGGAUGCCGAGUACCUCGGCCCUCCCACUAGGUCAAACUUCGAGAUAACCAUCACACCCAGCCCCACUCCUGGUCCUCCUAUCGUGCUCGUUCUCGCCAAACCGACCGCGUCCGAACCAGUUGCGUCAAUCAGUCCUCUUGUCUCGCCCAGUGCCUCUGUAGCGCUCGAUCCUUCCAUAUCGCCGGUCUCUUCUGUCCGUUCCGGUCUUGUGGAGCGACCACGCCCCCUUCGGAUGGCGGGAAGUAUCGAGAUUCUCAAACGGUCGCUUUCCGCCAUCAGUAUUGGGCAAUCUCAGCCCAAGGCCGCCGAGAUUGGGACGGAGAAGCCUGUCCUUAAUGAAGAGGGAACGGAUACACGCCUCGGCGCCCGCGGUAGCUCGAGCCAGAAUCAACUAGGAGGGGAUGAAGACGCGAAGAGUCAGUGUUCCGAGAAGAGUGCCGAACGCGUCACUCCCACUCCGACGCAGACGGGCUUUUUGCCGCCAGAGCCUUCGCAAACUUGGCAGUCAGCCACGAUCCCCCUCGCACGCCUUGCAGCAUCAUCAUCGGCGGAGCGCACACUGGAGGAAGUUUCAUUAACGGAGACCUCGGGCUGUAAGCCUGACGCCGCGGCCAACGAGACCUGCGCGACACCCACGCCUCUACCGUCGGUCGAAGACCGCGAGUUUCAUAUCGCCAUGCAUGCGUCCACAAUCGUGGAGUCGACGAGCGUUGACCAAACUGGAGACAUGAGUAGCGCCUUCACGGGCUUAUGGGACGAUCUGGCAAUCUUGGUGCGCGAGAUGCAGGAGCUAUCCAUCGCCAUCGAGAAGGGCGCCGAGGCAGGGAGAAUGCAGAAGACAGCGACAUCUGGAGCGCAGGUCAGCAAGAAGCCCUCGAUCCACAAGGUCCGAGAAGUUCCAGUGGUCGCGGACGCCUUCAACGCCCAGCCGGUCAUGAACGAAGGGCGCGGGGCCCCAAUUACACUAGCCACUCUUGAGGCGGCGUCUCGUUCGGUGCGGGAGAAACCUGAGAUCACACUGCGCGGCUCUUCGAAGGCUUCCGGGCUGACAAAGGGUAUAGUGAAAAUGGCUAGAUCUCAGGAGAUACAAAGCGAACAGCCGAGCGACAGGUUCUGGAAGGACGAUCAUAUUGGGCAGUGGGUGGCGACGAGCGCUAUCCCGUCGGAGAAGACUCGAUCGAAUCUUCUAACCAGAGUUUAG